AUGUUCUCAGAGAAGCAUAGAAAGUAUCCAUCUGAUCCAAUCACACAUAUUCAAGAAGGAACUGGAAAGGCUGUGCCGCAGCCGGGUCCGGGCAAAGGUUCUUUUGAGUGUGCUCAAGACUUCAAGGUUCUCAUUUCGAUGUUACUGGAUGCAUCCUCUGAGCCUUCCCCCCACCACUUGAAGAAAGGCUUGAGGGUCGCAUGA